GCCAGGUCUCCCUCGCAAAAUAGAUUUUUAACCUCAAUGGGUCUUACCUGGUCAAAUAUGUUCUAAAUUAAUUUCCCUAAGAAUGCAUGCUUUUGCACACACUGUAAAACAAAUCGUCGUGCCCACAGAUUAUCCAUUAUAUUGACCAGAUACUCAAGUGGCCUCGCUAACAAUUGAAAAGACGUGUCUUCAAAGAUGGAAAGAAGUCGGGAGGAGUCCUUAAACCUCAGUGGAGGAAGCGAGAGCAGGUUGGCUAGAAUGGUCCAAUGAGACUGCAGAUACGUGUGUGAACAACAGGCACACCUCCGAUAUGAAAUUGUUUUCUCCAAGUUGCCGGCAUGUCACGUGUCCUACAUAUAUCAGUACACUUGUAACAACCUAAACAUAAACAUUACGAAACGUAUAUUCGAUCAACUAAGCCUCACGUAGCAAAUUAGCCAUUACAUUGUUUGUUGUCCAAAUUCCACACUGUCAUGGACUUCCAUUCAAAAACUCCUUUGCCUUGUGGGCGAAAAAACGCCACCUGCUGGAGAAGACAGAGUUUGGGCCGAGUUGGCCUCUCUUUGCCUCUUCCUCUCUGCGGAGCCUCAGUCUCGGUGAGUCGGAGUAGUCCAACAGAAGGUAAGCUUCGUGAUAGACCAUACCAUCUAGUGAUCCCCCUUCCCUCUCGCUUAUAUUGCGCCUCUCCCCUUCUUCAACGGUCGCUUUGGUUGAAUCCAAAACAGAACAUCAUGGCGAUUGAUGGUGGCGAGCGCAACUGCGGAGUACAUGAGCUCGUCUGCGUCAGAAAAGUCUCUCCAGAGACGCUGGGGUUUCUGACGGCCAUCGGACUCUUCAUCAUCCUGAUGAUCCUCCUGUUCUUAUACCUCAACAACAAGCUAUCACUCGAGAAUGCUGGGAGCCUGCAAUGCCUAGACGAGUUCAGGAAAACCAAGGAGUUGCAAGAUAAGAUCUACCCUGACGGUGACCUGAAGAGUUCGUCGUCAGACAGCGAGGAUGAGGUGAUGGGCCAGUACCAGGAAGCGGUCAACCGUUCGCAGGGUCUCCGGGGCGGGGCUAGCGGCCGCCAAUCGAAGGGCUAUGGCUGGGAGAUGAGGCAGAAGUACAGCCCCCUAUCGGCCGAGUAUGACGGCUACAGCAGCGAGGCUUCGGCAGAGGACGCAAACUGCAUCCAGAGGAUGAGGCGAACGCCCCCACUGGAUGAGCUUCAACCACCACCGUACCAGGACGAGGACGGCUCCCCGCGGAUGUCCUACACACCAUCAGACCUGGGCGACGCCAAGUGCAACCUGUCCCAAACCAGCGACAGUCCCCAUCACUCCUACGGCAAGUGUCCGAGCGAUGCCAGCAAUGUCCAGGAGACAGAGAGUUACCUAAACAAGGGGUAUGAGGAGGACGUACCCAGCGACAGCACAGCUGUGCUCAGCCCAGAGAAGCCCUUAUACAGGUCAUGGUACAAGAGCAAAGAUAAACUACGUCAAAAACAUAAGGACAUGUCUGCCCGGGGGUCAGCAGUGCAGCUCCCCAAGGGCUACGAACCGGAACCCCUGGCCAAAUAUGGCACCCUGGAUGUGGUGUUCGACUACGACUCCCAGGACCAGCGGCUGGCGGUGACGGUCAUGGCCGUAACGGACAUCCCGGCCCUCAAGCGUACAGGUAACGUCGCCUGGCAGGUACAUCUGGUGCUGCUGCCCACGAAAAAGCAGAGGGCGAAGACGGGCAUCCAGAAAGGGCCCUGCCCGGUCUUCACGGAGACCUUCCGCUUCAGUCACGUGGAGUCAGAGAUGAUCAGCAACUACUCCAUUCGAUUCCGUCUCUACAGCGUGCGGCGGAUGAAGAAAGAGAAGGUGCUUGGAGAGAAGGUGUUCUACCUCACCAAGCUCAACCUGCAGGGCAAGAUGUCAGUGCCGGUCAUACUGGACCCCUGCUGUGCCCUCCCGCAGGGCGGUGAAUCCCAGGCUAGUAUAUCGGAGAUGUCCUGCAGUGAAAGUGCCUCUUCAUUCCAGUCAGCCAGCCAUGGCUCCACACCAGAGAUCUUGGUAGGGCUCGUCUACAAUGCCACCACGGGCCGUCUCUCAGUGGAGAUCAUCAAAGGCAGUCACUUCAAAAACCUGGCUGCCAACAAGCCACCCAAUGGGCUGUUCUGUUGUCUAAAACACUUGAUAGGUGGCCAGGUUUAUAUUAUCAGAGAUACAUAUGUCAAGCUGACCUUAUUGAACUCAAUGGGCCAGGAGAUGUCCAAGUGUAAGACGUCGAUCUGUCGUGGCCAGCCCAACCCUACAUACAAGGAGACGUUUGUCUUCCAGGUUGCCCUCUUCCAGCUGUCAGACGUGACACUCAUCCUCUCCGUGUACAACAAGCGCAGCAUGAAGCGCAAGGAGAUGAUCGGUUGGAUCUCGCUAGGCCUCAACAGCUCUGGAGAGGAGGAACUCACUCACUGGACCCAGAUGAAAGAGUCCAAAGGACAGCAGGUCUGCCGGUGGCACAGUCUGUUGGAAUCCUAGACCGAUGGGAUACAGGAGGAAGCAAAGGUGGCUGAGAAGAGAGGGAUGGGGAACAGGGGCAGGGCCAAGCCCAUAGGUGUCUCUGCUCAGGUGAAACAUUCCUUAUGUGGACUCUGGGUUGAUGGGUUGGUCAUGGUGGGUGGUGUUAUGUGGUCUAGGCUAUGUCAAAUGACUUGACAGAGUGUUACUUAAUUUGCCAGGUUUUUUAAAUCAUCUUUGAUUGGGAUUAACACUUGUCAAACUGAUACGAAAUUCCCUGCCAUAGUCCGUAGUUGAACAUAUUAGUUGAUUUAGAACAUGAAGAUGUACCAGAAUACAUGAAAAAAAUGAACAUUUCUUUCACAAUGUCAUGCCCAAAUGCCACCAGAAUUCAAGAAUGGCCCAGAUACAAAGACUUAGUUUGUCUAGUUUCAAGUUUUAAUGUCACAUGCACAAGUACAGUGAAAUGCCUUUCUUGCUAGCUCUAACCCCAACAAUGCAGUAAUCAAUAACAAUAUAAUACAAAAAAUAACAAGCACACAAGAAAAAUAAGAAGUAAGAAGAACACGAUAAAGUAAGUAAGCAACAAUUUCAAAGAUUUUACUGAGUUACAGUUCAUUUAAGGAAAUCAUUCAAUUUAAAUGAAUUCA